AAUAACCGUUUUGUUAAUGUAAUAAGUUGAGUUUAUAAUAUAAUUAUACGAAUCAUAUAUAGAAAACUGCUUCGGUGUGGAGAAACCUUUAUAAUACCUGCUUUUCGACAGUUUCUUAUAAUACUUUCACCAUCAAGCUAUCCUCGCAGUAAACGGCAAAACGCGCGUGUGAAUAUAUCGAUGAAAUAAGCCAAUCGACUUCUCAGUCUCGCGUAAUGAAAUACGUAAUCAUAGCCGCCGCCUUGAUUAGCGUUUGCUUGGCGGAUGUAUCGCACAUUUCAGGAUACUCGACAACGACACCACUACCACCUCCGAAACCGUAUAGUUUCCAAUAUGAGGCAGGACGAUAUCCAGGACAUAUCGAUCGUGUUCAUCAAGAAGCCGGUGAUGGACAUGGAAUUAUUCACGGAACAUAUUCGUACAUUGAUCCAAAAUACAAAGUACGAACAGUGGAGUAUACGGCCGAUAAAAACGGAUUUCAUCCAGCUUUAAUCAACUUUGAGGAUGCUUACGCUCAACCUGCCGAUUCAGAAGCUGUAAGACUGGCCAAGGAGAAACAUUUCCGUCUUUAUCACAGGAUUGCAGAGGCAAACGCUCAUAACGUUCCAGCAAAUUUGCCACGAGAUUCAGCGAGCGUGGCGAGAGCGAAGGACAGACACAAUGAAUUGUAUCACAGAAUCGCGGAACAACACGCGGCGAUCGCCGCGCAAAGGGAAGCUGAACGAUUGGCUUAUGAGGCAACUUCCGUUGUAAAUGACGUAGAUGAUGAUCAGACGUGUUAAUGACGUUUUACGUUACGCAUAUGUUGGCAUUACAAAUCAAUGCGUAUUGCAUACGCUAGCUCUAAAAAGAAAUUACGCUUCUUAGCCUGAGAUGCGCAUUUUAAUACUUAAUAUUCUUCUCUCUCUCUCUCUCUCUCUCUCUCUCUCUCUCUCUCUCUCUCUCUCAUCACGAUUCUCUUAUUAAAUUAAUUUAAAAUUUAAAUAAUAGAAAAAAAUGCCCGCUCGACUACAAGUAAAACACGUGUUGAUUGUAAUAUAGUCAAUCUCAUUAACAAGAUAUUUUUAAUCAUAUAGGAAUAAUAUAUAAGGCAAGUGCCAAGAUGUCAAUAAUAUAGGUAUAUGGUAAUCGUAUGUAGAGAAGCUAUAAAAGUUAAAUAAAGCUAAUUAGAAUUUGCAUAAGAUAAAAUGCUAAUUGGAAUUCACAAUAAUAAAAAGAAAUUUCACCAUAAUCAUGAAAUCCAACACGGACAAUAACUUUUUAUGAACGUAUAUAUUUAUCUUUUAUUUUUAUUUUUUAAUUUAUAUAACAAAAUUUGCAUGCAUUAUUUUCUAAUUUUUAUAGCUGUUUCAAAAAACACAAUGUUGUUACAGAUAUACCUUCAGAUAAUUAUACUUUAUUUGUGACAAAUGGAUCGAAAUGAUGAUCAACGUCUAUAAAUAUGUAGAUCACAAGAUAUAAUAAAUUU